AUGAGUAGAAAGAACAGUGAGGAUGAUGGUAUCAUUUAAUUUGACGAGGAUGACAAUCAAUAAGACAACAAGAAUAAGAUGAGUGCUAAACAACAAAUCAAAACUCGGAAAGAGUCAGACGAUGAUGAAAUCAUUCACGAACCAGGGAUGCAACAAAUCAAUUAAUAAGAAUAGGAAUUGAAUAACCUCAGAUUGAAUAGACCUAAAACAUCAGGAUAAGAAAUGAAAAUAAAACAAUCAGAUUAAUAAUAGGAAAAUUAGUUUGAAUAAAUUCAACAACGAAGAGAACACCAAUCUGAAGAAUCAUCUAACAAUACUGAGGAAAGAGAUGAGCAUAAUUAAUCAGUAGUCAACUUCUAAUCAGAGGCUGGAGAACAAGUUGAAGUGGAAGAUGGAGAUCAACAAGUGCAACCCAGAAGUCUUCCAUUACAAAGACUAGAUGAUAAUGAUCAACAACCUCAAUCACAAGAAAUUUAGUUAUAAUAAUAAUAACCUCCUCAGUCAUCGAACAAUCAAAGGCAAGUCUCUGUUAAUCCAUUCCCUCAGAAACUUGAAAUCGAUUACGUGAGAGAAUAAAUGAAAGGCCAAGACAAGGGAAGAUAAUUCCUAACAACCCCAUUGAAAGAGAAUAGAACCUUGCAAUGCUACAUCAAAAGAGAUAAGAGUGGUCUUGCAAGGCUUUACCCAGUUUAUCAUGUUUAUACAACCGAUGGAGACGUCUACUUAUUCAGUGCUAAGAAAGUAGUCAUGAACACUUCAUCCAACUAUGUGAUUUCCAUGGACAAGAAAGAAUUCUCAACCAGAAAACCAUGCUUCUUAGGCAAAGUCAGAUCCAAUUUCCUUGGAACUGAAUUCAUUCUUUGGGACGAAGGCAAGAACUUCAAAAAAUGCAAAGACACCACUCUAAUCAGAAAUUAGUUAGGAGUAGUCUAUUAUGAAAGUCAUAUCAUGUAGAAUAAAUGUCCUAGGAAGAUGAAGGUUCUAAUACCUAAGGUUGGAGAAAUGAAUAUUCCUAAAAUGUUCCAACCCCUUCAUGAUAAAGAAGGCAUACAAUAUGAUUACCAAUAUAAUAAGCGUGAAUUCAUUGAGGAAUUUGUCAACAAACCUCCUAGAUGGGAUACCAAAAUGAAAGCCCAUGUUCUAAACUUCUACGGAAGAGUAGAUCAACCCUCAGUCAAAAAUUUCCAAUUAGUCAAACCAGAUAAUCAUUAAUUCAUUUAUCUCCAAUUUGGAAGAGUCGAUGAUCUCUUGUUCAAUGUAGACUUCUGUUUUCCCCUAUCACCUCUUCAAGCAUUCUAAAUCUGCGUGACCUCCUUCGACUUCAAAUUUGCAUGUGAGUGA